AUGCGCCGACACCACAUUCAUUGUCUGCGCACACGGCACAUGGCCGCCCGGCAAAUCGACGACGACUACGGGGACGACGAGGACGAGGACGAUGAAGAUGAUGAAGGUAAAGAGAGCCCGUUGAAAGGCAAGGGCAAGGCCGCGCUGCUGAAUGGACUCUCGCCGCACCUUGUGCGCUCACCGGCGCCGCCAGUGAAGCCCACCCCUCCCAAGUCUGGACCGUCAACCUCUUCCGACCAGGGAAAGAGCAGCGAAGAUGUGCGCAAGGAGUUGGAGGAUAGUAAGAAGGCCGCGGCGGAUGCGGCGACACAGAGCUUCCGCAGCAUGUUCUACACAUUCGAGUACGACCGCGACGCGAUGCUGGAGCAGCAGAAGCUGGAUGAGCUGGAUCGAGAAGUAGAAGCCGAGACCUCGGGCGGGCCAAAUGGCACGGCGUCUGCGAAUAUGCCUGGCACCAAUGGGGCUGCGGUUGCUACACAAGGGUCAUUGGGAAGCGCGGAUCUGGGCUCCUCCAGCUUGACCCUCAAACAUCUCAUAGCGCGAAUCGACGCUAAGCGCGACAUGGUGCGAGCUUCAGACAACCAGCUCAGGUCGCUCAUCUCGGAAGUUAGGAAAGGCCGAAGCAAGUGGGCGAGCGAGGACAAGGUCGGGCAGGAAGAGUUGUACGAAGCUGCGGAGAAAGUGCUCAUGGAGCUGAAGGCUAUGACCGAGUACGCACAACCCUUUCUGCAGCGCGUCAGCAAACGAGAAGCGCCGGACUAUUACCAGAUCAUUAUGAAGCCCAUGGACAUUGGUACUAUGAUUAAGAAGCUGAAGCAAUUCGGGUACAAGAGCAAGCGUGACUUCUGUGACGAUCUCAAUUUGAUCUGGGCGAACUGCUUGAAGUACAAUCAGGAUCCGGCGCACCCUCUUAGGAAGAAGGCCCUGUACAUGCGCAAGGAGGCUGACAAACUGACUCCGCUCAUCCCAGAGAUCACGGUAAGAGAUCGAGCAGAGGUGGAAGCAGAAGAGAGGAGACUACACGCAGCGGAAGAUGAUGAUGACGAUGAGGACGAUGCGCCCAUCAUGGCCUCGCGAGGUCGAAAAGCUCCAAAGAAAGGAGGUCCCACAACGUCUGCGAGGAAAGGCACAGGCGCACCUUCUGUGGCUGUAGAUGAUAGCAGCUCAACGCCCGCGCCGGAUACGAAACCCCCGCAGAUGUCGCAUCAACCGUCCCAUCUUAGGAACGGCCUCUUGCGAGCAGAUUCAGAAAUACCUGAUGCCAGCUCAGUGGGCUUUAACACUCCACCGCCUGGAUACACAACACCGAUGCCAAAUGGCAUACAUGGCAGUGGUCUUGCAGGCAGUCAAAUGGAUCUCAUGGAGGUGGACAGGCCGUCAGUCCUUAGCGCGACAACAGAAGAUGCAGACGAGGACGACACAGAGCUCAAGACAUGGAAGCAUGUGACGAAAAAGGACAGAGCUGCUGCAGCUGCAGAGAGGAAUCGACUCUUUCGUGAAGGAAAGCUGAAUCUGGAAGAGCACGCACUCCUGCGAAACAAGCAAAAGAUGCGACGAUUCGUACGACAACAAAAAGAGCUUACCGAGCAGUCUACUGUUGAUGCUGUAGCUCAUGAAAGCACAGAAGGCGGGGAAGGUGAAGUCACCGCCGGUGGCGAGACUUUGGCAGAAGGCAUUGAGAAAGAGGGUGACUCGACAUUGCCAGACUACUAUGACCCCCUCUGCGCCAUACCUGAGCUCAAUGCACGCUGGAAGUGGACGACAGACUCUGAGGGACACGUCGUGCCUCAGACGGAAGAGUUCAUGCGAAUGUUCCCCAAGACGACUUAUAAAGUCACCUCUGGAGCCCUCAACAAGAAAAUUGACGGCAACAUCCGGCAAAUGCAGGAGACCAGGAAGAUUUGCGCCAAGAUCGGGAUCGUGAAGCAGAUGCAGAUUCAAGCGCAAACGUAUCAGAACCAGUUCCAGAAAUAUGAGCCUGAACCACUCAUUGAGCAAGACCCGGGCGCCGUGGUGGUUUCCGAGGAGGGGCCGCUGAUGGCACCUUACGUCAAUCGCUCAGCUCUGCAGCGCUCGAUUGGCAAGAUCUUCUACCACGCUGGAUUCGAGGACUUCCAGCCUUCUGCGCUUGACUCCAUGACGGAUCUCGCCACCGAAUUUAUGCAGCGGGUUGGCGAAGGAUUCAAGCGCUUUCACGAACAGCCUAAGCCAGAGCCAGAAAUGCCCGCCUUCACGUUUGAGGAACAGAUUCUACACACACUGGACGAAAAUGGCAUGGACCUCGAGGCACUGGAGAGUUACAUUCGCGACGACGUGGAAAGGCAAGGCUCGAAAUUGACAAUAAUGCAUGAGCGGAUGAAGUCGCACUUGGCAGAUCUUUUGCGGCCUGCUUUAGGCGAUCAUGCCGGGGCCGACGGCGUCGGCGCAUUCAACGACGGCAGCGAGCAAUUCGUGGGAGGUGACUUUGCUGAAGACCUUGAUGAGGACUUCUUUGGCUUUAGGGAACUGGGCCUGGCCGAUGAAUUUGGGCUUGAAUCGCUUUCUGUGCCGCUUCACCUGCUCCAGAACCGCAUGCACGCUCAAUACCAGGCUCAGAAUGCCGGACCGGUCUCCACAAACGGCCUCAUCUUCGAGCCGCCACCCCUUUAUGAGCCAGUCACUGCCGACAAUCUUUCUCAAGAAAUCGGUCUGGUGCAGGACUUUUUCUCCAACAAGCUGCGCAAUAACCGCAAUGAGCCUCUUGUCGAAGACGAAGAACUUCCUCAGAAGCAGCGGUUCCCCAAGCCUCGCCUGCCUCCAACUGGCAAAAUCACAUCACCUCGAAAGCGGCCGUUACGCGAACAAGCACAGGCAGCCAAGAAGAAGAGGAAGCUGGAGGAGAACGCGGAAAAGGAGAAGCAGAAGCCAAUACCUCCUUUACGGCUGCAGAUGCCAGAGCGUGUUGAGAAUGGUGUAGAUCCGGAAAAGAACGAGGAGCACAACAACGGCAUGAUCAGUCCAGAAAGCGUGGCUGCAUAGGAGCGGUGAAGCCGGACGCUGACAUGCUAACGACUUGCCAGCCUCCCGUUCGCACACGAGAAAAUGCGCUUCAAGAAGGAGCGACGAGAGUUUUGAAGACAGAAACACAAUAUCACUUGAUACAGUUCAGGAUGGCGUUUGACGAGAGGACGGAUCUGUUUUUGAAAAUACCCCAGCAGUCUGACGGAGCACGCAGCGAGGUGCAUUCACGGGAUGGAAGGGAUUGGGCGGGGUUUAUUUCAUGCGGGCCAGCAGACCACGCGGGACAAGGAUUCUGUUUUCUUUUGGAGUAUCUCAUUUCGCCCAGAAAGUGAAGGGUUGUAUAGUGGCUGGGCGCUGUCAGAUCUUGAGCCUGAGAUGAGGAGGGGGAGCAGGUAGUAGCAGAGGAAGAACAAAAAGAUUGUACAAAAUGGUGGUGUGCCUUAUUAAUGACGAUGUCUCGGUGUGCCGAGAAGAGCAUGAUGGAUUGAUGCAAGGGAGCUCGGCGAUCAGCAGGAAUGAGAAGCACAUGCCGAUGGGUCG